UAUGGUGGUGGUUUUAACUCAUACGUCAACAUGAAGAAGAAGAAAAUUAGUUAAGUAUAGUUACGAAAAAGAAAGAAAAGUCCUUUAGUCCUUUCGUACAAAAUACAAAGAAAUUAAAUAGUUAAAUUACGAGAAAGAAAGUGUGUGUUAAUGCCGGACGAAGAAAUUAUAGAGAAUAAUGCUAGACGCAAGUAUUUGCAACAAUUAAGUCCUUUUGUAUAUUGGGCUCAGACGGCAAGGCAUAUCAACCUUAAGGUCGAUUUGAAGGAUGCACAGUGGACUGACUUGAAGUUUACACCCACGAAUCUGGAGUUUAAGUCUAAGGGUGUUGGUGCUCGAGGUUUGAAUGAGUACGAAUUUGAUAUCAAGUUCUAUGGUUUAAUAGACGAUGAGCAAUGUAGCUACAAAGUAUUUGACAACAAAAUUGAAUGUCUUAUUGUUAAGAGCGAAUCAGGGUGGUGGACACGUCUUAUAGCAACUCCACAAAAGCCUCACUGGUUAAAAAUCGAUUUUGACCGUUGGCAGACCGAAGAUGAUUUGGAAGACGAAGAGAGGCCAAGAAACGUACAGGAGGAUUACUCAAGGGAAUAUCAUCGCUUACAAAAGGAAGAAAUGGGCUACAUUAAAGAAAGCUCAAAGAAUGUUUAUAUGGUAAUAUAUAACUUGGCGCAAUUUGUUGGCUUCUUGUACGUCCUCUCUGUACUGAGUGUACUGUAUUAUCGAGAUGGAGCAACAAUGAUUCCACAAACUUAUGCUCUGGUGGGUAACGCCAUGAAGUUCUUGCAACUCCUUCAAUACUUGGAGGUCUUACAUCCCAUAUUUGGAUAUACUAAAGGUUCGCCAGUUGUACCGUUUAUGCAAGUAUCAGGGAGAAAUUUUGUACUUUUCUUUAUGAUUGAGUUUGAAGAACGAAUGCAGACUAAACCAGUAAUAUUCUACGUAUUUGUUAUUUGGUCACUGGUGGAGGUGAUUCGGUACCCCUAUUAUAUCAGUCAAAUAUUAAAAAUGGAGUCCGGUUUUCUGACAUGGCUGCGCUACACAGUAUGGAUUCCUCUUUAUCCGUUGGGAAUCCUAUGCGAAGGCAUAAUCAUUUUACGAAAUAUCCCAUAUUUCGAAGAAACAAAACGAUUCAGCAUUGAGAUGCCAAAUAAAUGGAAUAUAAGCUUUGAUAUGCCUACGUUUUUAAAAAUAUACCUGAUUUUGCUUAUUCUGCCCGGAUCCUUCUUUCUGAUGUCACAUAUGGCUGGUACAAGGGCAAAGAAGCUUAAUAGUCGUCGACGUUCCCGUAAGAGCAGUGAAUAAUUUUAUUUGAAAUCUCAUUAUACAAACUAAAAAGCAAUAAAUAACAAAGAAAUUA